AUGGCUUCCAAUGAUAAGGGUCUUGAAGAGAUCCCCGAUAACCAGAUCGAAUCUAACUACGAUGAGAUUACGGACUCAUUCGAUUCGAUGAAUCUACGCCCCGAGUUGUUGCGAGGUGUUUAUGCUUAUGGUUUCGAACGCCCAUCUGCUAUCCAGCAGCGCGCUAUCAUGCCAGUCAUCAAGGGGUCCGAUGUCAUUGCCCAGGCCCAAUCUGGUACCGGAAAGACCGCCACCUUCUCUAUCUCUGCUCUCCAGAAGGUCGACACCAACCUCAAAGCCUGCCAGGCUCUCAUCCUUGCCCCCACUCGUGAGCUCGCUCAGCAGAUCCAAAAGGUUGUAGUUGCCAUCGGUGAUUUCAUGAGCGUUGAGUGCCAUGCCUGCAUUGGUGGAACCAACGUCCGUGACGAUAUGAAGGCUCUUCAGGAUGGCCCUCAAGUUGUUGUUGGCACCCCAGGGCGUGUCCAUGACAUGAUCCAGCGCCGAGUCCUUAAGACCGACCACAUGAAGAUGUUCGUUCUUGAUGAGGCUGAUGAGAUGCUUUCUCGUGGUUUCACCGAGCAAAUCUAUGACAUCUUCCAGUUCUUGCCCCAGUCUACCCAGGUUGUCUUGCUUUCUGCCACCAUGCCCCCGGAUGUCUUGGAGGUCACCACUAAGUUCAUGCGCGAUCCCGUCCGCAUCUUGGUCAAGAAAGCUGAGUUGACCCUUGAAGGUAUCAAACAGUUUUACAUUGCCGUUGAAAAGGAAGAAUGGAAACUCGACACCCUUUCUGAUCUCUAUGAGACUGUUACCAUCACCCAAGCCGUCAUCUUCUGCAACACCAGGAGAAAGGUGGACUGGUUGACCGACAAACUUAUUGCCCGCGACUUCACUGUCUCAGCCAUGCAUGGUGACAUGGAACAGUCCCAGCGUGAUGUCAUCAUGAAGGAGUUCCGCUCCGGUUCUUCUCGUGUCUUGAUCGCUACCGACUUGCUUGCUCGUGGUAUCGAUGUUCAGCAGGUGUCUUUGGUUAUCAACUACGAUCUCCCCGCCAAUCGCGAGAAUUAUAUCCAUCGUAUUGGUCGUGGUGGUCGUUUCGGCCGUAAGGGUGUUGCUAUCAACUUUGUGACCGCUGAUGAUGUCCGUAUGAUGAGAGAGAUCGAACAGUUCUACAGUACUCAAAUCGAAGAAAUGCCUAUGAACGUUGCUGAUCUCAUUUAA